GGGGGGAAGAAAGCCAACAAAGCAUCCUGGGACAUGGACAGUAGGAGAGGACGAGCGUGGGGGAAGCUUGUCAAAGUGGACUCCAGUGAAACUGUGAUGCUGUUCAACAGUGAAUGCACGGUUGGCAGAAAAAAAGGUGGUUAAGUUUGACUGUGUUUGGGAACGAGAAACGAUUGGCAUUAAAUUCAAUGCAUUUUUUUUGUUUGUUUUGCUUUGUUUUUAUCUCCUUUUGUUUUGAAACGCUUAAUUUUCUGAUGCCUAUUAACAAAUGACAGUCCUGUCAGGAGCGCAGACGUUGCUGUCAGUGUCUGGAGCUUUUGAAACCUCCCCCUUGAAAACACAAAGCUUUCUUUUAGUGAACCAAACUUAGACAGGCCCUUGUGAUGAGAACAAAAGACAUCCAUCGAGAACAUGCGUGCAGAAUAUUAAGUAGAUUUUUUUUUUUUUGUUUGGGUUUUUACUAAAGAAAAGGUUAGGUCUAUAAUUCUCCCUGUGUCUGCUUUUGUUGUCGAGUGCUUUUUGGGGGUCUGCCUUUUUGCAAUGCAAAACUGCUAGGUUUAAUUAGUUUGCUUAUGUCUGGGCUGCGAAUGAUUUAAAAAUGUCACAGCAGCACAAUUUCAGGUAUAACAUGCGAUGUUUUUAAAGGCUUAAAUUUGGCUAGAGAUUAAAAACUCAAUAUAGAUGGUAUUGGAUUAAUGAAGCAUUGUUAUAGAAUGUUUGGUGGAGGGGGAUUUAAAAUAUGUUUGUGCUGUAAUGGUUUACAGGUGCCUUUUAUAACCUAUAAUGUUCUCUCGAGAUGGGCUUUUAAAAGCAGAAAAACUAGGAAUUUCUAUAUUUUCAUGAUAGCACUUUUCAUUUUUUUGUUUCCAGGAUGUUAUCUUUCCUUUCCAGCGAAUAAACUUGUCUCAGGGGAGCACUGCAAGAUUGUGAAAGAUGAAAGCUCAGGGCUGGUGUGGCUUGAAGACAUGAGCACUAAUGGCACAGUGAUCAACAUGUCCAAACUGGUCAAGAAACAAACUCACAUGCUGCAGAAUGGCGAUGUCAUCUACUUUGUGUACAGGAAAAGUGAACCUGAACAAAACAUCGCCUAUGUUUACCACUCCAUCAAAAUGGAUCACACAGCUUCACAACACAAUUAUGGUUCAGAGAUGGCCCUCUCUGUAGAGCCUGUAAUGCUCUCAAAGGCUCCUCGGGAUGCAACUCAGGAGGAACCUCAACCCUCUACCUCUGCUUCACACUUCUGUAUUGAGACUGCUUACUCUUCUGGUGCCAUGGCAACCACAGGCUCUCCUGUGACUGGUGGGUUCUCUACUCACGCACUUUUAAAAGGCCAAGCUAAGGAUCCAACCACUACACAGGAGGAAGAAACAGAAAACCUGGAGCCAACAAGCAAGAGGAGGAAAACCGAUGAUGAUAAAUCUUAUGAAUUAGGUGUGCCAUGCAGCUCAAGGCCAGAAGUGGUUAGUUCCUCAAAACCACCAGUAGAAGGGACUAAGACGGAUAAGAUGGAGGAAAGCUUGACAUGUGUUAUCUGCCAGGACCUGCUACAUGACUGUGUCAGUUUGCAGCCUUGCAUGCAUGUCUUCUGUGCUGCCUGCUAUUCCGGCUGGAUGGAACGCUCUUCCCUUUGCCCCACCUGCCGCUGCCCUGUGGAGAGGAUUCAUAAAAACCACAUUCUCAACAACCUGGUAGAGGCCUACCUCAUCCAGCAUCCAGAAAAGUGUCGCAGCGAGGACGACCUGAAAAGCAUGGACAGCCGUAACAAGAUAACUCAGGACAUGUUGCAGCCAAAAGUUGAGCGCUCUUUCUCUGAUGAAGAGGGCAGUUCAGAUUACCUCUUUGAGCUCUCUGAUAAUGACAGUGACUCCUCAGAUAUCAGUCAGCCUCUGGUGAUGUGCAGACAGUGUCCUGGCUACAGGAGUGAUGUGAACCAGCUCCUCUUUGCCUCGAGCUCAAGCUACUGGUUCCCCGGUCUGCCAAGUCUACAGCCUAUGCCUCCACCUCCCAACCCAGUUAGCGAGGAGGCGGCUGCAAAGGCCUCAGCAGAGAUGCCCUCAACAUCCUCGGAUAAUAAUAAUGAGUCUCCUCAGGAGUACCGCUGCCCCCCUCAGGGCUGCCAUCUCAUAUGCACCUGCUGCCUCCAGCCAAUGCCAGACAGGCGGGCCGAGCUCGGCAACCAGCAGGUUAUUGCUCAACAAUGUGUGCUGUGCCAACGACCUUUCUGUCAUAUGUACUGGGGUUGCCAGAGGAUCGGUUGUCAGGGCUGUCUGGCUCGAUUCUGUGACCUCAACCUGACUGACAAAUGCCUGGAUGGUGUGCUGAACAACAAUAACUACGAAUCAGAGGUCCUGCGGAACUACUUAUCCUCCAGGGGGCAGUCUUGGAAAGAUCUGCUGAAGGACUCUUUGCAGGGUUUACAGCAAGGAAACUACCUUCUGACAGAUUGUCGUGUCUCUGCAAACGCCAUCCUGUGUUUCUGCUGUGGCCUGCGAGCCUUCAAGGAGCUGGCCUACAAAUACAGACAGAACAUCCCUUCAUCUGAAUUGCCAGCUACUGUAACGUCUCGUCCAGACUGUUACUGGGGACGUAACUGCCGCACGCAGGUGAAGGCGCAUCAUGCAGCGAAAUUCAACCACAUCUGUGAGCAGACGCGUUUCAAGAGCUGAAGCAGCAGCGUGGCUCGUCUUCCCUCAGCCGUGUCAAAUUGACAUAACUGAACAUCUCGUACAUUCGAGGAGGCACAAUCACUUUUUGCAUCCGUUGUUGCUAACCGCCUUAUGCAAUAAUCCCAGUCAGAUAUUACAAUCAAGUCUCUAUGUACAGCAGUGGCAAGGGUGUCUCUUCAGUAACACUAUGCACAUUCAUAUAGAAUUAAUUGCAGAGUUCAGAAAUGUGUGACGCUGCUUCUCGGAGUGAAGACCUUAAUAGAUAAUUUACACAAUGCUGCCAUUUAAAUUCUCAUCUGUUUUUCUUACAUUAUCUGCCAUAAGCGGGUAAUCAGCUAUUAUUUGCCUGAGCAGUUCAUUUAUUUGUAAGGUGAAGUAAUUAGGUUCUCCCUAAUAAAUCUGUCCUCCAGCAUGUGCAACAAAAAAUAAUGCGAAUAAGGCAAUCUGUAUGGAUUAGAGCCAUACAUGCUUACAAGCGCUUUCUAUGUACCCCCUUAGCCUGGGUAAGUUGAGGCUUAAUAGCCCUUAUGUGUAUUGACGUUCAUUAGCUCUCUUACUCGGUGUAGAAUCCAGAGCUUCCUACAACAUGAUGCUGAUGAAAAUAUGUUGAUGUCAUUAGGGGGAAACAAUGAUGAGUAGUGUUAAGUAACAGAAAUUGUAUCAUGUUUAUUGGGCCAAGAGAACCAAAACUGCUGAAUUUAAACAAUAUUAUUAAAUGUAAAUGCCCAACCUCCAAGGGUCUUUUUCACAAGGGCAUUAGUCUGUUCCCAGGCAAAGGUGAAAAGCCAUGUAUAAGCAGCUUUCACAUAAUGGUGUAGAUUUGUAAUCCCAUGUGAUAUCUGUGUAGGACUUUGUCUGUGGGUAGGGGAUCAUUGAGUUGUAACACUGCCAGAGGGCCUGGAGGCCUCUGUUGUGUGCUUUUGCUCUGGAUAAUCAUCUCCAAAGUGA